AUGUAUCUGGCCAAGCAAGUGCUGCUCGCCAUCGCGGUGCUUUCGAGUGCUGGUUUCCACGCAGUCUCGUGCGGCCGACUGGUGUAUCGAGAUGACACGCUUAACGCCGUCCAGACGGCAUCGGACGAGGGGCUUAACAAUCCCCCGAGUCCAACCAGCGCCGUGUCGUCCUCGGCAGCGCCGGCCCAGCCCACAAUAUCAGUACCGGUAUCAGCACCGGUAUCAGCACCGGUAUCAACAUCAAUAGCAGUGUCGGUCUCUGGAUCUGCGGCGAGUCCUGGGCGAGCAAAUCCAGCCUCGGUCAAUGUAGCGACGGUGGCAGCAAGCGUAGUUGGUGUCCAGGCGACGGUGGCCAAGCACUCAGCCAGCCCUACCUCGACUGCGGACGAUGAAUGGAUCUAUCCUGCGGCGUACGGGUCGGACGGGACGUUGACGACAGACUCGGAUGCCCCUGUGCGUUCCGUGUCACCGUCACGCAAGUCAGUACAACCCAACACCAAGUCGGUUCUGGGCCCACCCCCUAUGGACACGACACCGACCUCUUCGGCUCAAGUCGUAUCACCGGCUCUGCCACCAGUCCAGCCCGACACGCCCGAGUUGAAUCCAAUCGACCCGAACGUCACAUACGGCCCGGGAACGGGUGGAACGGCAGCGGUGCCCACGACGGCAGCAUCGCCAUCUACGUCACCGCGCGGCGGACCGCCGAGAGUAACUGUGGUCCCGAUCACGGUAAGCGCAAGCAAUAGCAUUAACCUUGGCCACGACCCGGGAAGCACCAGUUCGGCGACGGGCGUCAAAGCCGGUCCGUCAGACAGUGCGGGCGGCUUGGACUCUACGAGUCUUGGGGCGUCUAUUACCUACCUAAAUCAGACGCGCACGCUUAGUCCGCCGUCUUCUGUAUCAACGUCGACUCUAGUCAACUACUGCCAAGCGGCGGACUCGGUGACGGCGUACACCAGUUGGUCCGUCGUUCACACAAGCACCAUCACUUGGUACGGGAACCCUUCCGACUACACAGACCCCUUUCCUCCCAUAUCGACGCCUACGCCGGCUCCUCCCUGCGUCGAGCCACUGUCGCCACCACGUAUGACCAUCUCGGUGUGCUCGUCGACGGGGUCAAACUCAAAGUAUGUCACGUGCACCGUGACGACCUCGACAGCGAGUUACGGAUACGGCGUGGGGACGACCAUGGACCCGCUCAAGGCCCGCCCGUCCGAGACCAUUGUGUUCCUCACCACCGACAAGAACCCUGCGGUCGUCUAUUCCGGCAUCAAGACGCCCAACUACGGCGUCACUUCAGAGCCUAAGACUCGCGAUAGCCACAACUCUCCCACAACUGCCGCCCCUGUCUCGACGCCCGUCUACAACAACUCGCCGGGCUCGAGCCAGGCCAUCCACGCCGCCCCCAGCCCCGUCACCGUCGUCGUGCAGCCCACGGCUGUUGUCAUCAACGGCAACACGAUAACAGACAGCCCCUAUGUGAAGACGCAGGAAGUGGUCGUCGGCGGAGUGACCUACACUAUCGACCCGACCCGCGUGGUCGGGGGCGGCGCUACCGUCAAUAGGCCAGCCGCGACGGGGGGGAUCUUUGUGCCCACCCCCACGACCACCGCAAUAGCCGGUGUCUCGGUCGUGUUGAGUUCGGCAAUAGCCGUGAUAGGAGGCACAUCGUUCACUCUGGGCGCUUCCACGACCACGACGGCCGUCGUCAGCGGCCAGACCAUCACCAUCGGCCCCGACGCCAUCGCGGCAGGUGGCCAGACUGUCAAAAUCCCCUCGGCCCCCGUGCCUACCGAGGUGGUCGUUGCCGGCGGGGAUCUCAUCACGGCCAUCGGGCAGUCGGUCGUCGUCAUCCACGGAACCACCAUCACGUACGGCGGCGUGCUGUCGGCCGGCGCGUUAAGCACUGUCGUCGUCGACGGCGACACCAUCACCCUGGGGCCGGGCGGCGUGACGGCACACGGGACCACCAUCGGCGGCCCGGGCGCCCAGGCCUCCGAAACCCAGUUCGCCGUCGUGGGCGGCGCAACCAUCACCAAGAUCGGCCCGUCGCUCGUCGUCAUCAACAAUUCGACGUACACGGUGGGGCCCGGCUCGGGCACCACCACCACCGUGGUCGCAAACCAGACCAUCACCAUCGGCCCGAGCGGCGUCUCGGCCUCGUCCCUGACUUUUGCCUACCCGUUCGGCCCGACGGCCAUUAUUACCCCGGGCGGCGGCGGCAGCGGCAGCGGUGGUGGCAGUAGUAGUAGCGGUGGCGGCGGCGGCGGCAAUCCGGCAGCACAGCCCACAGCAGCAGCAGCCGCAGCUACGGCAAAGGACUCGGCGUCGACGGCGGCAGACGGCGGUGCGCUCAUCCACCGUCAUGGCCACUACCGAAACCUCGUCUUGGCGCUGUGCAUGGCCGUUGCCGUCGCGGUGUUUGGUAUAUGA